UUUCUCCGUGUACAAUAAUAGUUAAGACAUUUUUUGUACUGUUAUGAUAGCACGAUGACAUAUGUUUUCUCUAGUAUUCUCUUUGGAUUUUUAUUAUAAGACACACGUGUUAAAGGAUAUUGAUUUGCUGUUUCUGUGAUGUAGUGUUUAUACUGAGGGACGUAGUAAAGAUUUAUCAAUUUAAAACAUAUAUUACUAACAAGGUCAAACAAUGGAAGUAUUCAAGGAGGGUAACGAAGAGACUUUUGAAAAAAGAUCAAGAAUCAAACAGAAUGUUCGUGUUGUGUCACCGUCUACGAAACAUAAACGCAUACUAUCAAGACAUCAUAAAAGUUCCCAUUAUCUGGACAAUCGCAUAUCGUCAGCUAUGAGUUCUGAUUCAAAUAAGAUUCCGCCGAAAAUAGACCAUCUAAGAAAAGAAAUUGCUCGGCGUGCAUCCACAGUGCCAAACUUUUUAGAUUGCUAUGACUUGAAAACAGUGUAUGAUGAGGCUAAUUUACGAAAAAAAUUCAGAGAAGUUGUUGGAAUUCGAAAUCACACGUCUCCAGCAGUGCAUCAACGCAUAGACCCCGGUGCGCAUUGGAAAAAUAUUUACAAACAGCUUAAUAUAUCUCAGUACGAAGUGGAGGAUACGUUGAAUGGAUUAACAGAAAAAGACGAAAAACAGUUCGUAGAAUAUAUGAAAAAGAAACAACAUGGUUCAUCGUCAGGUCUUUGGAAUAUGGCGGCAUGGUCUGUCUUUGAAUACAGGGCAUCAAGAGUGCACAAUAUAGACGAUUUGGCCAUGGCUAUAUUAUCUAAACAGAUGGCAAUAAAAAAGAUGAGAGAAAAAAUUUCACGAAAAUUAGAGUUACCAGUUGACAGAUUUAAGCGCAUUGCUCAACUUCGUCAAAAUGUAAGCUUUAUAGAACAAAAAUUUGAGAACAUGAAACAGAUAAGACCCAAGAAAACACAAUUAUUGAAAACAAUGCAUUUGUUUGAGCAAGCUGGUACCAGCAACAUGCCGUCCAGAUUCACCAAACCAGGAGAGGCAAAAGCUUUCUUCCGGAAAUUUGGAAGGAUUGUUUUAAUCGUGCUGAACUGGAUCUUUCUUAUUAUGGAUAGCAGUGAAAGUUCAAGGUUAGAAAGAGAAUUGAAAUCCUUUGUUGACAUAGCCCAAGAAGCGGUGAUUGCAAAGACAUCCCAAGCCAUGGCAGAACAAGGACUAUCAUUUGAUAAACAGGCAUACAAAGCAAAUAAAGAGAUAUCUUUAACACAAGAACAUAGAAAAACACUGACAACGAGGGCAAGCUUCAGGACACAAGAUAUGGUUAAACAAGUUAUGCAUGGCUUACAAGCUUUAAAAUCAUUGGCUGAUUAUCCUCUUCGGACACAAGAACGACUAUGUCAAGUUGCAUGGUAUCAAACACUUGGUCCCAAGAAAGUUAUAUUACGAGAAGGCCACAACGCAGAAUCAUUUUAUUUCAUUUUAGCUGGCACAGCUUUCGUGAAGAAGAUGGUCAGAAAUGAAAGAACCGGGGAAACAAAAGUGCAAGUGGCAGCCAGAUUGACCAAAGGACAAAGUUUUGGGUUUUCAUGGGAAGAUGGGGAAAUCGGUUUGAUAUUCAACACAAAAAGAACAGCAACAGUUGAAAGCACGACGCCAAUGGAAUUAUUAGUAAUCGGUAAAGAAGACUUCAAUGCUAUAUUCAUGAAAGCAGAUGACCAAGAUGAAGAAGCAGAACAUGUAAAAUUUUUAAGACAAGUUCCUAUUCUGUCACAAUGGCCAAUUGAAUGUUUGGUCAAUGAACCGGGAACAUGCGUUCUGCAUUAUUUCAAGCGAGGGAGUCUUAUUACACCAAAUGGUAAAACAAGCGAAUGGUUAUAUUGCGUGAAAUCAGGAACAUGUGAAGUGAUGAAGGAUUUGAAAGCAGCAAAAGCUCGGAAAGCUGGACAGAGCUAUAUUCAUCCAGAUCCCGUCAGUGAUAUUAUAUUACCUGAAUUAGGUAUGAGUGCAUCACCAAGGGUAGACACUGGAAUUGCUCAUAAACGAAAAUUUGUCAUGACUCCAGAAGUAUUUGAAGAAAUGUCAAAAUAUUAUGAAAAAUUGAAACAGACAUUAAAAGAAAGGAAGACAGGUGAUCAGGAAGAAGAAAGAGAUCGGAAAAUAAAACAGAAAAAUGAGACGAAAAAGAAAGAACAAGCGGCAGCUUUACCUAAACUUGAGCUAAAUAAUCAAUUAACUUGCAUAAAAGACGAAACUGACAACAAUGGUACAACAUAUAUCACUUCUGUUAAGAAUAGUGAUGUUCUAGUUAUGCCUCCAGUACAUUCAACGCAUCAUGGUUCUAAAGGAAUUUCUGCUAGCACGUUCAAUGACCGAAUGAUAUCUUUGUUGAAGAUGAAACCACACUACAUGUUUCCAACAGCAUCAAUGAUUGAAAAGGAGGCUCCCUUGAAGAAAAAUGUUCCAGAAUCAGAAGAAAUUUGCACAGUCAGAAAGAAUUCUGUAUUUGUACAUGUACAGUUACUUCAAGCUAAAGAUGUAUUUGGACUGAAUACCUUAUCAGGGUGGAGUUCAGAUGACGUUGAAGAUUUGGUAAAUGAAGCGCCACCUUUAUGUUUGGUAAGCCGAGGUGCUGAGAUAGUAAUGCUCUCGAAGAAAGUUUUCUUGAAAUACGCCAAUGACAGAUUUCGCAGGACUCUCAGAGAGGAACUAAGGCCGUACCCAACGGAAUCAAAGUUACAAGAUAAAUUUCAGACUAAGGUGGACUGGGACAAAUAUAAAAGUACACUUUUAGAAGACGUUCUAAAGCAACAAUGUAGUCUUAAAUAUGCAACAGGAUUAGUUUAGAUACAAGUAUACUUGCCAUUUAUACUUUAGAUAAAUAAGGUACAUGUAUACUUUGAAGCUCGACAUGAUCAAAUUCCAUCUGCAAUUUGACUCUCCAUUUCACAUUACAUUUACUCCUGAAGAUCAGUGAAAUUUGAUAUCAUCAAAAAGAUUUGUUUGAUUUUACUUGUAUGUUUUGCCAAUGCAGGAAAUAUAGGUUGUUGUAAUAGUGUCUGACAGUAAAAACAUCCAAUAUAUUUUCACAAUAAGUACAUUUACUAAAUCAAAACUUUGUUAUCUUAUUUAUACAAGUAUCAUGAUGCUAACAAUUUAACUAUCUUAUUGUAUCAAUUGUCGUUGAUUGUGAGAAUGUUGUAGAUAAUAAUUUUGUGUUUAUCAGUAAAAUCAAACGUUUUUAUAAAGAA